UUUCAAUUUCCUUCUUGGUUUCUGCUUCUUGUUCAGCAGAUGGUGGUUGGGGUAUAGUUGGAAGACAAUUCAUGUCCAUCUGUAUUUAAUUUCAUUUGGCCGGCUUUAUCUAGUCUCCGAUUGUUUCAAAGUGUGGUAGCACAUCUCCUUUUGUUCCUUUCGCUUUAUUUUUUUUAUUUUUUUUUUACCUUCGGUUUCCCCGUUUCCUGUGGUUGUUGGAGCCAUAUGAUAGGGAGACAUUUGGAGUUCGGGUAUGUAAUUUUUGGGGGGAAGUCGGUAAUUUUCUUACCCAGCUUCCUUUUCUUCUGUUUCUGGUUUCUUUUGGGUUCUGUCAGAGACCGAGAUUGGAAGGGAGGAAUUCUUAUGGGUAUGAAGACACUGUAUUUCAAGGAACAUGAAGGGAUAGCUCAAAACCCAGUUGGGCACCUCUCGGCUGCUGCGCCAUCGAUGCCCUCCUGGUGGAAUGUAUUGGGAUCUCAUACUGCUUACGUGGAUUCCCAAUUGAAGACUAUGUCUGUGGACCAACAACCUACGGCUGGAGACCAGGUGGUCACUGCCACUGACCAAGGUCAAGGUGGUUUGCUGGAUAAGGAGAUUCCUACGGAGUUCAAUAUCUUCCCAGGUUCUCCAGGCGAUGGAAAAUCCAUCAAUGAGGAGCAGAAGUCUCUGCCUGCUCAGUCAUUCUUCUCUGUUCAAGCAACCCUGGCUGCUCAGUUUGACAUUGGAUAUGGUCAGCCAAUGAUCUGUGCAAAGCAUCCUCCUGUGGAUCAAUAUUAUGGCAUCUUCUCAGCAUAUGGACCACAAGUUCCGGGACGGAUUAUGCUGCCAAUGGACAUGAGCACAGAUGAAGGACCAAUUUAUGUUAAUGCUAAGCAGUAUCAUGGAAUCCUCAGGCGUCGCAAAUCUCGUGCAAAAGCUGAACUGGAGAAUAAAGCAAGCAGAGCUCGCAAGCAAUACAUGCACCACUCACGCCAUCUCCAUGCAAUGCGUCGACCAAGGGGAAGCGGUGGGCGUUUCUUGACCAAACAGGAGAUCGACAAAAUGGCAAAAGAUCAAGGAAACAACUUCCAGCUGUCUAAGCCGGCUGGUUCCCAGAGUUCAGGAGGCCUGCAGUCUGACAGUGGGUCAGCAAACUCCUCAAAGGAAAGAAAUGGUGCUGGAGGUGGACUGAAUCUUUCAGGGCGGUCAUCAUCUGAAGUAACCAGCAUGUUCUCUAGAGAAGAUAUGGUGGGUUGCUUCCAGAUCAAGACACCACCACCAUUCCACUCUUUCCCUGGCAUGAUGAACACUGGUGGGCAUGGCUUCGUGAUGCCCAGCAAAUGGGUUGCUGCUGUAGUUGACAACUGCAGCAGCAACCUUAAAGUCUGACAACAAAGUGAGGGGUUCGCCUCAAGGGGAUUUGGUUUUUGCAGUGCUCAAGUUCCUGCUUUCCAAGUCCCCACCCCUUCCUGCAGCCUUAAUACGGAGAAGCUUCAUAUAGCUUUGGAUAUUUUGGUUGCUAGGCAAAUCAUUCUUGGCUCACGUGCAUCAAAGUGGCUUAUCAUUACCAGUUUUACUCUUAUGAACUGUUCAUGAGAUGAUCAAGACUGUUUUGGAGGCCACUGGUGCACUGUAAUAUAUUAUGGUUUGGUUUUAGUUCAUGAAAAUGAAAAGAAGCUAAACCAAUGUAACUCGGUGUGUCUUUCUAUCGAUCGAAUAAGGAACGUGACAUUCGGUUUGGUUCUGAACUUUAAUUUGUAAUUGGCUUGUAAUGCUCUGAAUCGGUGUGGUUUGUUUCUGAAAACUUUCCUGGUUAUGUAAUUUGUUUGUGGCUUUGGAUUGUGAAACUGAAUUUAUGUUGCUCCCGGGUCUAUCCAGGGUAUGCUAUAAUGCUAUGCUUUGAAUGUUAAGAACACAUUUGAGUUUACUCUAUAGCUUUCCUAUUCUUCCUUUCAACUUG